AUGGCACUUCAAACCGUUGUAGGAGAACUUCAAGAACUGUUUCCAUACGUCGACGCAGACACUAUAAAGAGUGUUUUGAUCGAUUGCAACUACGAUAAAAACGCGUGCGCAGAGCUUUUGUUUGUUGCACAGGAAAAUGGGACGUUUGACGUCCAAAACCCGAACAUCCCACAGAUUGAUCAUCGACAAGACGUUACACUGGUGUAUAAGGACUCAGUAGUAACGAUGAAUAGAGACGAAUUGGUAGGGAACGCGAAUCCUACAAUGAAACAGAAGGCAAACACACUUAAUGAAGACUACAAAAGAGCUGCGAAAGAAGAUGAGGAAGCUGCUGAGAGAGGUGUAUAUACGACGCCAAGUAUCCCAAAGAAUACAUCAGAACAGGCGUAUGAGAAAAAGACAAAAGGAACGAAAAAACUUGGGAAAGGGAAGGAAAAGUACGCGUUGCUCGACUCUGAAAUCAAUGAUGACGACGAAAAGGAUGUCGACUUUUAA